GAGAGCCCUCACGAACAACAGCAGAGCCUAUUGCUCUCCCGCAUCAUUACAAACAUCGAAAAACUGAAUGAGGCUGUGGCGAUGAUGAACAGGAAUUUGCAGGAGGUCAAUGUCCAGAACAUGAAUGUCGAACUCGUCGCGCAGAUGUUCAAGAAUUACCAGUCCAAUGCGCUCUUCCACUUGGAGGCAACGGAGAAUCUCAAGGAUCCGAUCUGA